CUCUCCGCUCCCGGAAGAAACGGCUUGCACGUUGUCGACUCGUGUUUACAAAUUGGGUUGAAUUACAAAUGCUUUCUUACUGGUCAGAUAGUACACUAACGAAGGGAGAAUAACCCGCUGUUGUAAGCAGUGCGUAGUGCAGCGCUGUAGGGAGCAGGGAGUGGUUUGGGAUUUAGCCUGAGUGAACGGGUCUGAGCCUCCGGAGUAACAUAUCUUGACAUAGUGACAGACUCCUUUAAUGAAAACGUUAUUUUAGUGUUGUUGUGUGACUUAAUGAAUAAUGAAAAUGAAAGUUGUUGCAUUGAUAAGUGGUGGCAAAGACAGCUGUUACAACAUGAUGCAGUGUGUUGCUGCAGGACACACUGUAGUAGCACUGGCCAACCUCAGACCAGCUCACACAGAUGAGCUCGACAGCUACAUGUAUCAAACAGUUGGGCAUCAGGCUGUUGAGCUGUAUGCAGAGGCCAUGGAUCUGCCCCUGUACAGGAGGACCAUAGAGGGCUCGAGUGUGGACACAGGCAGAGAAUACAGCCCCAAUGAUGCUGAUGAGGUGGAAGACCUGUACCAGCUACUUAAACUUGUGAAGGAAAAGGAGGGCGUUGAAGCUGUAUCAGUAGGAGCCAUUCUGUCUGACUACCAGAGAGUUCGGGUGGAAAAUGUGUGCUCCAGGUUGCAGCUCCAGCCUCUGGCGUAUUUGUGGCGCCGGGAUCAGGCUGAUCUGCUCAGUGAGAUGAUCUCCUCUGGCCUUCAGGCCUUACUCAUCAAGGUGGCGGCGUACGGUCUGAAUCCUGGAGCACAUUUAGGAAAGACUCUGGCUGAGAUGGAGCCCUAUCUGCAUCAGCUUUCAAAGAAGUACGGAGUGCAUAUCUGUGGUGAAGGCGGCGAGUAUGAGACCUUCACCACUGACUGCCCUCUCUUCAAGAAAAGGAUAGUCAUUGAUGCAAUGGAGACGAUUAUCCACUCAGACGAUGCCUUUGCCCCAGUCGCAUACCUGCGCUUUACACAGAUGCACACAGAAGACAAAACUACGGGCUCCACAGAGAGCGUGCUGCCCCUCACUAGCUGUCCUUGCCAGAGUGCCAUUGACAUGAUGACUGAGGAGACGGUCUAUGCUGAUAAAGCCCAAGACGUACAGGAAGAAUUUGCAUCAAAUGAGUGCCAGUCAAUGAGCUCAGCCAAAAGUUCUGCGGGUUAUCAGUGGAUCACUGGAAUCAGCGGCCAUUCCUCUGAGCACACAGAUAUCCAGAGCCAGACACAGCAUGCCUUCACUGUGCUGCAAGGUGAAUUACAGGAGAAGGGCUGGCAGUUGAAGCACAUUGUGCUGGUUCACUUGUAUGUGAGAGACAUGGAGGACUUUGGGAAAGUGAACGCAGUGUACCGCAUUUUCUUCAGCCACUGUCCUCCAGCCAGGGUGUGUGUGCAGACUCGGCUGCCUGUGGGUCAGCUCUUGCAGAUGGAUGUGCUGCUUCAUGACUGGUCUGUGGCUCAUGAAGAAGGCUGCUUUCAGAGAAACAGAGACACGCUGCACGUGCAGAGUGUAUCUCACUGGGCGCCAGCUAACAUCGGGCCCUACAGCCAGGCUGUGCAGGUGGAUGAAGCCGUGUUCUGUGCAGGUCAGAUCGCUCUGGUUCCCUGCACCAUGCAGCUGCUGAGAGCGAGUCCAGGCUCCCAGGCCCAGCUGUGUUACAGCCACAUGGAGAAAGUGCUGCGUGCCAUGAGUGCCAGUCUCACGUUGGGACACACACUGCAGGCACACUGCUAUGUCACAGACCUUACACACAUACCGGCUGUCAGAAAGGUGUGGCACGAUAAGAUACAGGCCAGUCAAGACCAGGAGGCAUGCUAUGGAGUAGAGGAGAUUCAGUGCCCCCCUCUGGUUGUUUCAGUGAUGCCCUCUUUGCCCAGAGGAGCAGCAGUGGAACUUCAUGUCAUUGCUGUGCAGGAUGAGCCUGCAGAGAGGACUUCCUGUCAGACGACCUCUGAGAUCCCAGGAGGUAUUAUCCACUGGCAGGUGCUGCAGUCCAGUACCCGCUAUUACGCCUCUCUGUCCCUGAGUGUGUCCCUGCAUGAGUCAUGCACAACACCAGAGUGCAUGGGCACAGAGGGCAUCCUGGGGGCAGUGAGCACCUCCUUCCAGCAAGCUCUAGAGCAGAUGGAGGAGACUCUGUCUCCUUUAUGCACCAGAAUCUUCUACAAGGACAGCAAUAAGUUAGCCACUGAGCUCUCCGCAGGGCUGCAGGGUUGCUUUGAGAGCAGACUUGGUGCGAAAAGGCCAGCGCUGGUGCUGGUUCCUGUGCUGGAGCUGCCGGACUGCACUCUCCUUCACCUCUCCUGCUGGCUCAGCACAUAGUGGAGGACGAGGACCACGCGCCUAUGGCUGGACUGGUAGUAGCUCGCAAGUGUCCAGUGGUAAAUGACUGGAUUAACAAAACCUCAAGGCAUUUCAUAGUUCAGCCGACGAAUCCUGUUGAUCAGCUACACUUGAAUUUAUCGAGUCACCUUGACUUACCAAUAGGCCAUUUGAAACAAACUAAACUGACUAAACACCUUAAUGGACAUAUGCAUUCACCAACACACGUCAGCAGAGGACCAAAACUGUGUGGAAUAACUACACAGGGUGCUUAGCCUCAAGAUCACCAAGACUGAACAGUAGCAUAUUGUAUUGUAUGUACCCUAGAAUUCCCGCUGAACUUGAUAAGUAGGUAAUGUGAUUGCACAGUAUAAGUGACCUUCUGCUCUAUCCACAUCUCUCCAGCUCUGUUCAAUGCUCUCUGCUCUGCUGGCGCCAUUGGUAGGAAUAGAUAGUUUGUUUUUAUUGAGAAUGAUAUCCAUAGUUGGCCAUACAUAAAAUAAAGCCAGUUUGUUGACAUGAAUGAUUAAUGUGCAAACACUUCUACAGCUACAUGCCAGACAAUCAUAAAACUGUGGGUGGUAGGCUAUGUUUUUAAUAAAGUUCACAAGGUUGAGUUGAAUGGACCCCUUUGGAGAUUACAAAUCCUUCACACACAAUCACGCACACACACAAAAAAAAGCCAAAACAAACAGAAUAACAAUAUAUUUGUGUGGCGGCUUGGGAAAACCCUUCACAUUUCCUUCUACGUAUGGCUCUGAACACUCCAAGUUUUCCUGAACUGAACUUUGUAUCUCUUUUGCAUGUAUCUCAACCUCAAACAAGUAAAGUUUUGGCAUUUUAAAGUCUGAUUACCCCCAAAAGUGAAAAGAGAGAGAAUCGAAUUUAAAGAUUCCAUUCAUCCUGUGCUGCAGAUGCAUCGCAGACAUUUUGACAGAUGGUAUCUGAUUACUGAGUUGAUUAGGCUAAUCCUAUGACAAGCAGCUAUCCAACAACUUGAUCAAAGCGUGACACACACUGUGUGAGGAAAUCACACUUAGCUAGCAAGGAUUUAGACAUCUUAAGGCAGACUGACUGUUCUUACCACAGUUUUUGUUAAACUGGAUCCUUGGACAACAUGAUCUUUGCAGGAAGAUGGAGUAGGCAAGAUAAAAACAUUGAAAUAAAGUAAGAAAAAAACUUGUUCACGUUGUUUUGGUGAAAUAUAUUUAUGGUUUUCUUAAAUUGAGAUGUCAAAAUAUGUUAAAAACUAAUUCUUUUGGCCACAAUUUUGCGUUUUCCGGCUGUUGGUGGUCUGUUUCCCAGACCACCAAGCAUUUAACUAAUGACAGUAAAUACUUCUGAGACUAUAGUGUGGUAGUGUGUGUGUAUGUGGCAGCAGGGCAUGCUCAGUGAGUGGGUGUUUGUGUGGUGGUGUGUGUUGGGUUGUAAUGGGUUGUUCCAGUAAUCUAGUGUGUCCUAUGCUGAGGCCCAGCAGCAGCUGUCACUGCCAUGAGGGGGGUCAUUGUGAGGACCUUGUGGCCAACUGUAUCUCUCUCUCUCUCUCUCUCUCUCUCUCUCAGAUUUCUAGCCUGGCGCUGUUUGUGAAUGAAGGAAUUGUUUGUUUUAUAUACCUCACGUUAGAAAGGUGUUAUUAUUCUGUAAUGGGCAAUCAGAGGCAAGCAACCAGAGACAUUAAAUCUCUUUAUGCCCCUAUUGAUUCUUAAGGUGCGAUUAAUAGAAGAGGGUUGCAGGGUAAGCUCUUCUAUACUCACAUCUGUUUGUGUGUUGAAACAGAGCUAUUAUCAAUUUCUCCUGAAUUGCAUUUCUUUCUCACAAAAAAUCAGAAAAUAUAUUGAUUUGCUCAAUUGGUCAGCUGUUCUUCUUGCCUAAGAUGACUGCACGUUAGCGUCUAUUGAUCUUUUCUUUAUGUUUUCCAUUUAAGUUAACAAUAAAGUUGUUGUUAACAACUGAGCGGGUGAAUUAAUUGGGCAAGAAAACAAACUAUUGUCAAUUACACCACACAAAAUCCCACACUAAUAUCUAGUGUUGUGCUGUUAUUUAUAGCCGGAUGGGAUCUGAUGUACAUCACCUGCCAGUAUGACUGUUUGCAUGCACCCAUGUGACUUCCUUGCUUUUCUUUCUUUUCUUUUUCUUUCUUUUAAUCUUCACUGAACUUAUUAUAAAUAGUAAGUUAUAUCUAAUUUCCAACAUUUGGAUAACUUGAUAUAUAGCAUAUAUACCAUCAACACUAUUACCUACGACUGUAUUUUGUAGAGAUAGGUGCAUAUAUUGCACAUUUGGGGCAGAUAUUGUAAUGUGCAGCUCUGAAAGUGAUUGUUAUGUAGCACAUUCAGUGUCAACAACCUCUACAACAAUUUGCAUAGUCCAGUGCCACCCAGAACUACAAUAACCGGCUGUCACUCAAUGAGACACAAGCGGAGAUGGCACAUCUGCUGUCUCAUCCCUAUCAUUCUGUCAGCACAUCAUCUGCCUACACAUGAGAUUAUUGCCUUUCUUUGCAACUGAUUCAUUUUUUGUAACAAAUGUAAAUACAUGCUUUUUUUUUUUUUUGAUAAACAUUAUUUUGCCCACUGUAAGUAAUGAUCCACAAUUAUUACACAGUAGAAAUGAUUGUGCAAGAUAUGAUAAGACACUUGUAAUGCAUUCAAUAGGCUUUCUUCAUUAUGGAAACUAUUCAGUAAUUCUGCAUUAGGCAUAUAGGGAAGAACAUUUACCUUGAAAUUAUUUUUAAAUAAUUGUCUCAUCUUUUAUGGAUGGUAGUUAUAAUAGAGGUGGUGUAUUCAGACUGGUGUAUUAAGUGGAGUAUGGUGCCCUCAUGUGGCUAUAAUAGAAAUCAGUGCCAAGCGAAAUAACAGUAUUUGUUACUGGUAAAACAUAUCAGAUAUAAAGAGCUCGUCUCUGAUGUUGAUUCUAGCACAUUUACUGUCUACCGAAUAAAUCAAAUAUUUCAAACAAUCU